UGCACAAACAAUGAGCCCUGAGGCACACCCCGUGUUCUCAGCGUUUAAAAGGUGGGAGGCUGAGCUGCUUCUGCAUCCAGCCUCAGACUCCUGGACUGACAGAUUUGGAUUUUUUCAGGUCAGAAGCUUCCCUGCAGAAAAGCAAGAUGUUUAGAGUUUUCUUUUUCUUCUUCCUCACCAUCUCGAUGGCAAGGAUGGCGGCUGUUCCUCUGAAAGCAGAUGACAGUGAAAACCAAAUCAAUGAGGACACGGACGUCACAGAAACCAUCUCCAAAGCAAACGAAGGCAUAAAGACUCCACUGGUCCAUGGUGACAUUGCUCCGAGCAAAUCGAGGAACGCAGUCCCAUGCACCGCCACCGGCUGCAAAUGGCCCAAAACUGGAAGCUAUGUCUACGUUCCCGUCGUCAUCUCCAGCUCUUACUCCACGGCAGAGCAUUACAUCAUCAUCAAUGGCCUGGUGCGCUUCCACGCCUCCACCUGCAUUCGCUUUAUCUGGAGGACUUCAUCACAGCAAACGGACUUCCUUCACUUCUACUCAGGAUCUGGGUGCUGGUCCUACCUGGGCCGUCAGGGCGGACAACAGCUUGUGUCUCUUAGUAGUAAUGGCUGCAUGUAUCACUCCACGGUGCAGCAUGAGAUCAACCACGCUCUGGGCUUCCACCACGAACAGGUCCGCUCUGACAGAGACUCCUUCGUCCAGGUCCUCACCCAGAACAUCAUCCCAGGGAACGAACACAACUUUGAGAAGGUGCAGACUAACAACCUGGGCACUCCCUACGACUUCAACUCCGUUAUGCAUUACUCCAAGACCGCCUUCUCCAGAAACGGCCAACCGACUCUCCUUUCCAAAGCUAAUCCUUCCCUCGACUUUGGAAGAGCCUCAUCGAUGAGCGCCAACGACAUCGCCCGCAUCAACAGGCUCUACGGAUGCUCUUAAUUUUCAACACCAUGAAGGAGAAACUUCAGCUCGCCAGCUGACCUUCGGCUCUGACCUGCUCCUCUCUCAAAAUCUCAGAGCUACAGAAACUCUUCCUCUGCUGUCUCAUUUACUGCAUUUAACUACUUAACUACAUAACUGCUGAAGACAGUUGCUGAAGAAACAGAUUUUUGGGUAUUACAUCUCAAUCUGUUAAUGUCAGAAUACAUAUUGGUGCUUAUUGGUGAAGGAUUUCUUAUCAAAAAAGGUUUUCUUUUAUACUAUGAUUUGGCUUUUUUUGCAUCUGCUAUAAAAAAUGGAAAGGAAUGUUUCAAUUGAAGAUAAAUCUAAGGGGAAUUUUGGUUAAGUAAAUUAUGUGACAUAAAAACUGUGUAAGAUGGAAAGAUGGACUGGACUGGUAUAAAAUAUCUAAAUAAAAGGCAAUUAUUCAAGAAUGUACAAUCUAUGGAAAUGUGAAAUGUAAAAGUUCCCCAAUUACAUUUGGACUAAAAAGGUUUUUAUCUACAUAAUGUUACAAGUUCUCAUCCAACAUGUUUUAUUCUUGUGACCAACAUGUUUUUUCUGAAAUUUAAUGGUAUUGUAAUUCAUGUAAUCCAUUCAAUCAAGUACCAAAUAAAAUUUGAUCAUUCCAACAUCAA